AUGAAGUUCCUCGGGAAGCCCAGCAGCCACACAGCUGCUUCUCUGCCUCUUUGCUGGCUCCUUUUGAAGAUUCUGCCGCUGGGAGACUGUCACCCUUAUGACAACCGCUAUGCUGGUGAUAAGGUGAUCAGGCUCACACCCAAAACUGAAGAGGAAGCCUUCGCACUCCAGGGCAUCUACCACCUACUCCAGGUGGACCUGUGGCAGCCCAGCAGUAUCUCCUAUGUGUCAGAGGGGACAGUCACCGACGUCCAUAUUCCCCAAAAUGCUUCCAGAACCCUGUUAGCCUUCCUCCAGGAAGCCCGCAUCCAGUACAAGGUCCUCAUAGAAGAUCUUCAGAAAGCUGUGGAAAAUGAAAAGAGCUUACAAACCCAGAGAAACAGAAGGUCCCUGUCUGAAUACAACUAUGAGGUCUAUCACUCCUUAGAAGACAUUCAGGACUGGAUGCACCAUCUGAACCAAACUCAACCGGGCCUCGUUCGGGUGUUCUCCAUCGGGAGAUCGUAUGAAGGAAGACCUCUCUUAAUUCUACAGUGCUGUCGGUGUGAACCUGUCCUCCACAGUGCUGUCAGUGUGAACCCAUCCUCCACACCGCCCACACCGCUCAAUCAGGGAGGUGUCUCCUUUGUCUUUCAGGCCCUUCUGACCUACAAGACUGACCCAGCCAUGAGAAAAAUGUUGAAUCAUCUUUACUUCUAUAUCAUGCCUGUGUUUAAUGUCGAUGGAUACCAUUUCAGCUGGACGCACGAUCGAUUCUGGAGAAAGACGAGGUCCAGAAACUCUAAGUUUCGCUGCCGCGGAGUUGAUGCCAAUCGCAACUGGAAAGUGAAAUGGUGUGAUGAAGGAGCCUCUGCACACCCUUGUGACGAUACUUACUGUGGUCCUUUCCCGGAAUCUGAGCCGGAGGUAAAGGCUGUCGCCGACUUCCUUCGGAAACACAGAAAACGCAUUAGAGCCUACCUGUCCUUUCAUGCCUACGCACAGAUGCUGCUGUAUCCCUACUCUUACAAACACGCAACCAUCCCCAAUGUCAGCUGUGUGGGAUUCGCAGCUCACAAAGCAGUGAAGGCGCUCCGGUCGGCACAUGGGACACAGUACAGACAUGGCCCUGCCUCCCAAACACUGUACGUAAGCUCCGGUAACUCAAUGGAUUGGGCUUAUAAAAAUGGAAUACCCUACGCAUUUGCUUUUGAACUGCGAGACACUGGGCAAUUUGGAUUUCUACUGCCAGAGAAGCUCAUUAAACCGACCUGCACAGAGACCAUGCUGGCCGUGAAGAACAUCACAAUGCACCUGCUAAGGAAGUGUCCCUGAGAGAAACCCAGGUCUGGUCUACCAAUCCAGAGAAAGCAGAUUCUGACCAAAAGGAUACUUGGCAAAAAGUAACCAUUUAGACUAGAAGGAUCCAUGGACCUUAAAA